AUGACCUUCCACCGUGAGAAGUUUGUGAGGUUUCAAGAUUGGAGGUCGGAAAAAAGUUUUAAUGAUCAAUCUCCGUCAAGCGGUGGACUGCAACUAUCCAGGCUGAAGGCGACAGUAUACUCGGUUUCGGACAAAUUUCAUCGAGGAUUAGAUUCUGGGUCGGAAAGGAUCAAGAGGUUCACUGGCUCCUUAAGAUUCCUGUCUCGAGGAAAGUCCAAGUCUCUGGCGGAUGACGAGGGGUCCGAGACGAAAAUUCUUGAUCCUCAGGGACCCUUUUUGCAAAAAUGGAACAAAAUUUUCGUGCUGUCGUGCAUGAUUGCUGUCUCUUUGGAUCCCUUGUUCUUUUACAUCCCCAUCAUUAACGAUGGGAAGAAGUGCCUCGAUUUGGACAAGAAGUUGGAAAUUGCCGCUAGUGUGUUGAGAUCAAUUACGGAUAUAUUCUAUCUCAUACAUAUUAUUUUCCAGUUCCGGACGGGGUUCAUUGCACCUUCUUCGCGUGUGUUUGGGAGAGGCGUCCUUGUUCAGGAUUCAUGGGCUAUUGCAAAGAGAUAUUUGUCGUCUUAUUUUAUAAUCGACAUUCUUGCAGUUCUUCCUCUUCCACAGACUGUGAUUCUCAUCAUCAUACCCAAGUUGAAAGGCGCAAGGUCUUUGAACACGAAGAAUCUGUUAAAAUUUGCGGUGAUCAUUCAGUAUAUACCGAGGGUUCUACGAGUCUAUCCUUUAUAUAGGGAAGUCACAAGAACUUCCGGCAUACUCACUGAAACAGCAUGGGCAGGGGCUGCGUUCAAUCUUUUCCUCUACAUGCUUGCCAGCCAUGUGCUUGGAGCCUUUUGGUAUUUGUUCUCGAUAGAACGUGAGACGAUCUGUUGGGAGAGAGCUUGUGGGAACCAAACUGCGUGUAAAGAGGCCUCUUUUUAUUGCCACGGGGACCACACGAGAUUCGUACAGAUUUUGAACAACUCAUGCCCUAUCCAAAAUGAAAAUGCUACGCUUUUCGACUUUGGGAUAUUCCUCGAGGCCCUUCAAUCUGGUAUUGUUGAAUCGGAAGAUUUCCCCCAGAAAUUCUUCUAUUGUUUCUGGUGGGGCCUACAGAAUUUGAGUUCCCUCGGCCAGAACCUUAAAACAAGUACCUACGUUUGGGAAAUUUGUUUUGCGGUUUUCAUAUCAAUCGCGGGCUUGGUGUUGUUUUCGUUUCUGAUUGGAAAUAUGCAAACAUACCUGCAGUCCACAACACUGAGACUCGAAGAGAUGAGGGUCAAAAAAAGAGACGCCGAGCAAUGGAUGUCCCACCGCCUUCUUCCCGACAGCUUGAGGGAGCGUAUAAGAAGGUACGAGCAGUACAAAUGGCAGGAAACUCGAGGCGUCGACGAAGAGAACCUUAUCCGCAAUCUUCCAAAGGAUCUUAGACGAGACAUAAAACGACAUCUAUGUUUAGCUUUACUCAAGAGAGUGCCGAUGUUUGAGAAGAUGGACGAGCAGCUGCUGGACGCGCUUUGCGACCGGUUAAGGCCCGUUUUGUACACAGAAGGCAGCUACAUCGUGCGAGAGGGCGACCCGGUUGAUGAGAUGCUUUUCGUGAUGCGUGGCCGUUUGCUUACAGUGACCACAAACGGUGGCCGAACGGGCUUCUUCAACUCUGACCAUCUCAGGCCCGGCGACUUUUGCGGGGAGGAGCUCUUGACAUGGGCCCUCGACCCAAACUCCUCCUCCAACCUCCCGACAUCAACCCGAACGGUACAGGCCCUUUCAGAGGUCGAGGCCUUUGCCCUGAUGGCCCACGACCUGAAGUUCGUGGCCUCACAGUUCCGGAGGCUCCACAGCAAGCAGCUCCGGCACACGUUCCGAUUCUACUCGCAGCAGUGGCGGACUUGGGCGGCGUGCUUCAUACAGGCGGCGUGGCGGAGGUACUGGCGGCGGAAGGCGGAGGAGGCAUUGCUGAGGGAGGAGGAAGGGCGGCUGAGGGAUGCGCUGGCGAGGGACGGGUCGACGGGAGGGGGUCCGCCGACGAGCCUUGGGGCGGCGAUCUACGCAUCGAGGUUUGCGGCGAAUGCGCUUAGGGGGCUGAGGAGGAGUCGAGGAGGUGGUGGAGCCCGGAAGGUGAGGGCGGCGGUGGGGCAGGAGAGGAUGCCGCCAAUGCUGCUGCAGAAGCCGGCUGAGCCGGAUUUCACGGCAGAGGAUAAGUGA